AUGCCGCCUGGGGGUCGCUCUCACCUCGGGUUCGGUCGUCAGGGGCUGCUGCCUACGCGCAUUGGCCCCUCCAGAAGCGCCCGCCGCGGCACAACACCAGCGCCGCUGGCCUCGCUGGGCGCUGGCCUCCGGGGCCCGGGCGUCCGCUCGCGGUCCUCGGCCCGGACCCAAGGCUCAGGGGAUCCGGGCGCUAGAGCCCCUGAGUGCAGAGUGUGGAGCACUGGUGCCCCGAUUCGCGGCAAGCGCAAUUCCCGAGCUGCGCGCUCCCGCCGCCUCUCACCCGCCCUGCAGGGUCCUCCCCUUAGAGACGCCGCCCGCGCCCUGCCUAGGGGAGGGGGCGGCGCCAACAAAUUGAGCUCGAGCGGCCGCGCGCAAGUCUCCGCUCCGAGCCGCCGCGCCCGGGACGGUGCGCAGCGCUCACACCCCAGCCCUCCGAGAGUCGCCCUUCUGCUCCACGAGGAGCGCAGCCGGGCCGCUGCGAAGGGUGGUUGUGAUGGCUCUGGCUGCGGAAAAUGUGACUGCCAUGGAGUGAAGGGACAAAAGGGGGAACGAGGUCUCCCAGGGCUACAAGGUGUCAUUGGGUUUCCUGGAAUGCAAGGACCCGAGGGGCCGCAGGGACCACCGGGACAGAAGGGUGAUACUGGAGAACCUGGACUUCCUGGCACAAAAGGGACAAGAGGACCCCCAGGAGCAGCUGGCUACCCGGGAAACCCAGGACUUCCGGGUAUUCCUGGCCAAGAUGGUCCCCCAGGUCCCCCAGGUAUCCCAGGAUGCAACGGUACCAAAGGAGAGAGAGGACCACUUGGGCCUCCUGGUUUGCCUGGAUUCUCUGGAAAUCCUGGACCACCAGGGUUACCUGGAAUGAAGGGGGAUCCAGGUGAAAUACUGGGCUUCGGCUACGUGCCUGGGAUGCUGUUGAAAGGGGAAAGAGGAUUUCCUGGCGCCCCCGGGAUUCCAGGCUCGCCGGGAUUGCCAGGACUGCAGGGACCCGUUGGCCCUCCAGGAUUUACUGGACCACCAGGCCCCCCGGGUCCUCCUGGGCCUCCAGGUGAAAAGGGACAAAUGGGCUCAAGUUUUCAAGGACCAAAAGGUGACAAGGGUGACCAAGGUGUCAGUGGGCCUCCCGGGAUGCCAGGACAGGCACAAGUUAAAGAAAAAGGGGACUUUGCCCCGACGGGAGAAAAGGGUCAAAAAGGUGAACCUGGAUUUCAGGGGAUACCAGGGAUUGGCGAGAAGGGCGAACCCGGAAAGCCAGGGCCUCGGGGAAAACCUGGAAAAGAUGGUGACAAAGGAGAGAAAGGGAGUCCGGGCUUUCCAGGCGAGCCAGGGUACCCGGGACUCCCCGGCCCGCAGGGCCCUCAGGGAGACAAAGGUGCAGCCGGUCCUCCGGGCCCCCCUGGAAUUGUUAUAGGCACAGGACCUCUGGGAGAAAAAGGGGAGCGAGGCUACCCAGGGGCUCCCGGGCUGAGAGGAGAGCCAGGCCCGAAAGGUUACCCGGGAUUACAAGGCCAGCCGGGCCCCCCAGGCUUCCCUGUAUCUGGACAGCCUGGUGCUCCCGGCUUCCCCGGAGAAAGAGGAGAAAAAGGAGACCAAGGAUAUCCAGGAACAUCUUUGCCAGGGCUGAGCGGAAAGGAUGGAGUCCCAGGCCCCCCAGGUCUCCCUGGACCCCCUGGGCAGCCAGGACACACAAAUGGCAUCGUGGAAUGUCAGCCUGGACCACCUGGUGAUCAGGGUCCUCCUGGGACUCCAGGGCAGCCAGGGUUGACAGGAGAGGUGGGAGAAAAAGGUCAGAAAGGAGACAGCUGCCUCAUCUGUGACACAGAAGGACUUCGAGGGCCGCCCGGGCCACAGGGUCCCCCAGGAGAAAUCGGUUUUCCAGGACAGCCAGGGGCCAAGGGCGACAGAGGUCUACCCGGCAGGGAUGGUCUUGAAGGAUUGCCUGGGCCUCAAGGUGCACCAGGGCUGAUGGGCCCGCCCGGCGCCAAGGGAGAGCCUGGCGAGAUUUACUUCGACAUGCGACUCAAAGGCGACAAAGGAGACCCCGGCUUCCCAGGACAGCCCGGCAUGCCAGGGAGAGCAGGGUCCCCUGGGAGAGACGGCCAUCCAGGUCUUCCAGGCCCCAAGGGUUCCCCGGGCUCCGUGGGAUUGAAGGGAGAACGUGGUCCCCCUGGAGGAGCUGGCUUUCCCGGCAGCCGUGGUGACAUCGGCCCCCCCGGGCCUCCCGGAUUUGGUCCUAUUGGUCCUGUUGGUGACAAAGGACAACCAGGUUUUCCUGGAAACCCUGGGUCCCCUGGCCUGCCAGGUCCCAAGGGUGAAGCAGGCAAGGUGGUCCCCUUACCUGGACCCCCAGGAGCAGAGGGCCUCCCAGGGUCCCCGGGAUUCCCAGGGCCCCAAGGUGACCGAGGCUUCCCUGGAACCCCUGGACGGCCAGGCCUCCCAGGAGAGAAGGGCUCUGUAGGCCAGCCGGGGAUUGGAUUUCCUGGGCCUCCCGGCCCCAAAGGUGUCGAUGGCUUACCUGGAGACGUGGGCACUCCCGGGAGUCCAGGUCGCCCAGGGUUUAAUGGCUUACCUGGCAGCCCCGGUUUGCAGGGCCAGAAGGGAGAACCUGGCAUUGGUCUGCCAGGACUCAAGGGACUUCCAGGUCUUCCCGGCAUUCCUGGCACACCGGGGGAGAAAGGCAACAUCGGAGGACCAGGCGUUCCUGGAGAACACGGGGCCAUCGGCCCACCUGGGCUUCAAGGGAUCAGAGGUGACCCCGGACCCCCUGGAGUACAAGGCCCAGCAGGACCCCCUGGAGCUCCCGGAAUAGGCCCCCCUGGAGUUAUGGGCCCGCCUGGAGGGCAGGGACCACCAGGGUCAUCAGGUCCCCCUGGAGUGAAAGGCGAGAAAGGCUUCCCUGGAUUCCCAGGCCUCGACAUGCCCGGCCCUAAAGGAGACAAAGGCUCCCAAGGACUUCCCGGCCUCACAGGACAGUCAGGGCUGCCUGGCCUCCCCGGACAGCAGGGCACACCUGGAAUUCCAGGGUUCCCAGGUCCCAAGGGAGAAAUGGGUGUCAUGGGGACCCCAGGACAGCCAGGCUCACCAGGACCUGCAGGUGCCCCAGGACUGCCUGGAGAAAAAGGGGACCACGGCUUCCCAGGCUCCUCAGGACCCAGGGGGGACCCUGGCUUCAAAGGCGACAAAGGGGACGUUGGGCUCCCUGGAAAACCCGGGUCUAUGGAGAAAGUGGACAUGGGCAGCAUGAAGGGACAGAAGGGAGACCAAGGAGAAAAAGGACAAAUUGGACCCACUGGUGACAAAGGAUCCCGAGGAGACCCUGGGACGCCAGGAGUGCCUGGGAAGGAUGGGCAGGCUGGGCACCCCGGACAGCCAGGACCUAAGGGUGACCCCGGCGUAAGUGGAACACCAGGGGCUCCAGGACUCCCUGGACCGAAAGGAGCGGUUGGUGGCAUGGGCUUGCCAGGAACACCUGGGGAAAAGGGCGUGCCUGGCAUCCCCGGCCCACAGGGCGUCCCCGGCUUGCCUGGAGAGAAAGGGGCCAAAGGAGAGAAGGGGCAGGCAGGUCUGCCCGGCGUUGGGAUUCCUGGGCGGCCUGGCGACAAGGGAGACCAGGGAGCAGCAGGGUUCCCGGGAAGCCCUGGCGAGAAGGGCGAGAAGGGCAGCAUCGGGAUUCCGGGAAUGCCGGGGUCUCCGGGCCCCAAGGGGUCUCCAGGGAGCGUUGGUUACCCAGGAAGCCCUGGGUUGCCUGGAGAGAAGGGUGACAAAGGCCUUCCAGGACUGGACGGUGUCCCUGGUGUCAAAGGAGAAGCAGGUCUUCCUGGGCAGCCUGGCCCCACAGGCCCAGCCGGACAGAAAGGGGAGCCAGGCAGUGACGGAAUUCCAGGAUCCGCAGGAGAGAAGGGCGAACCAGGUCUACCAGGAAGAGGGUUCCCCGGGUUUCCAGGGAGCAAAGGAGACAAAGGUUCAAAGGGAGAAGUGGGUUUCCCUGGAUUAGCUGGGAGUCCCGGAAUUCCUGGACCCAAAGGCGAGCAAGGAUUCAUGGGCCCUCCGGGGCCCCAAGGACAGCCAGGCUUACCAGGCACUCCCGGCCGCCCCGUGGAGGGACCCAAAGGGGACCGAGGACCUCAGGGACAACCUGGCCUGCCAGGGCUUCCGGGACCCAUGGGGCCUCCAGGGCUUCCUGGGCUUGACGGGCUGAAGGGUGACAAGGGAAAUCCAGGAUGGCCAGGAGCACCCGGCAUUCCGGGGCCCAAGGGAGACCCAGGGUUCCAGGGCAUGCCGGGCAUUGGCGGCUCUCCUGGACUCACAGGUUCCAAGGGUGAUAUGGGGCCUCCGGGAGUUCCAGGAUUUCAAGGUCAAAAGGGUCUUCCUGGCCUCCAGGGGCUGAAGGGCGAUCAGGGAGAUCAAGGCGUCCCCGGCCCUAAAGGUCUCCCAGGCCCCCCUGGCCCUCCAGGUCCUUACGAUAUCAUCAAGGGGGAGCCAGGACUCCCUGGUCCUGAGGGUCCGCCAGGUCUGAAAGGGCUCCAGGGCCCUCCGGGUCCCAAAGGGCAGCAAGGUGUGGCCGGCUCGGUGGGCUUGCCUGGACCCCCAGGUGCUCCUGGCUUUGACGGUGCCCCUGGCCAGAAAGGAGAGACGGGACCUUUCGGGCCUCCUGGUCCAAGAGGGUUUCCUGGCCCACCCGGCCCUGAUGGAUUGCCAGGAUCCAUGGGACCCCCAGGCACCCCAUCCGUCGACCACGGCUUCCUCGUGACCAGGCACAGUCAGACAACAGAUGACCCAUCAUGUCCUCCUGGGACCAAGAUCCUUUACCACGGGUACUCCCUUCUCUACGUGCAGGGGAACGAGCGAGCCCACGGCCAGGAUCUGGGCACGGCCGGCAGCUGCCUGCGCAAGUUCAGCACGAUGCCCUUCCUGUUCUGCAACAUCAACAACGUGUGCAACUUCGCCUCCCGCAACGACUACUCCUACUGGCUGUCCACGCCGGAGCCCAUGCCCAUGUCCAUGGCGCCCAUCACUGGGGACAACAUCCGGCCGUUUAUCAGCAGAUGUGCCGUGUGCGAGGCACCAGCCAUGGUGAUGGCGGUGCAUAGUCAGACCAUUCAGAUCCCGCAGUGCCCCAACGGGUGGUCGUCGCUGUGGAUUGGCUAUUCCUUCGUGAUGCACACCAGUGCUGGUGCUGAAGGUUCUGGCCAAGCCCUGGCGUCCCCCGGCUCCUGUCUGGAAGAGUUCAGAAGCGCACCGUUCAUCGAGUGCCACGGCCGUGGGACUUGUAAUUACUAUGCAAACGCUUACAGCUUUUGGCUCGCCACCAUAGAGAGAAGCGAGAUGUUCAAGAAGCCCACACCAUCCACCUUGAAGGCAGGGGAGCUACGCACACACGUCAGCCGCUGCCAAGUUUGUAUGAGAAGAACAUAAUGAAGCCUGACCCUCAGCUACCGUCACGACAUGGUGCUACUCCUCCUCCUCCUCCUCCUCCUUUCUUUUUAUUUUUAACAGCAACGAACCCUAGAAAUAUAUCCUGUGUACCUCACUGUCCAAUAUGAAAACCAUAAAGUGCCUUAUAGGAAUUCGCGUAACUAACACACCUGCUUCAUUGGUCUCUAUUGCUGAAGGAGAAAAGGACAAGGAUAGGCUUUCCAUAGUGGCAUACCAAUGGCACUUUUGAUGAAAUGAAAUGUAAGUCCACCUGCAACCCAGUGCACUGAUGUGUGAGGCGAGAACUCCAUUGGAAACCAAAGGUGCUAGGGGUGUGCGGCGCCUCCGCGCUCUCCACUGCCCACGUUCAUCCUGUGUUGUACCAGAGGACUGUCCCCCAGAUCUGCCUGACUGUUUACCACUGUCCAGUGUUUCAAAAUCCAGGUCCCUCGGUCUGUGCAAGUCAUAGUAGUGUAAAGCCAGUUUCUUCAAACCUCCAAAUGGAAUUACGGACACAGUACCAUCUCUUCCAACCCCCCAAACAGAACUCUGUCUCUGCUCUGUGUGGUACUAUGCAGCUGCUUUUGCAGAAAUUACAACUUUCCUGUGGAAUAAAGAUGGUCCAAAAGUAGUCAGAAGUGAAAUAUAUAUAUAUUUUAGUAAUUUAUAUAGAUGUCAGCAAUUAGGCAGGUCAAGUUCUAGUGUAACUUCCACUGUUAAAAUAAAGCUUACCUAGUUUCCUUCUUUUGAAGACUGUGCUGUCCUUUAAUAUAGAUUUUUCAACAGUAGGAUACCAAAUGUGAAACAUCAGCUUUCCUUGCACACUUCCAAACCAAAAAUGAUGUGUUGCCAAAACCAACCCAGGUUCAUGGAUAUGGUGUCUAUGACAAUGAAAGAUGUACCUUGAACUUAUCGUUUUUGAUUCUGUAUUGAAUAUUUUCAGGGUUUUAAACACUAACCACAAACUGAAUGACUUGACUUCAAAAGCAACAACAUUCAAGGCCUUCAUUCCAUUAGCCUUCCUCACUCUGCAUCCUGGCUUGCAAGCAGCUCUGUUGAACCCGAGUGUCAGUAUUCCUACACAGGAGCACACGCGGGCCACCACCGUGGCUGCUCACGAGCGCUGUCCACAGACUCCACCAGGGGAACAGAUGGAUUGCAGGAGGGCACAUUGGGACCUAUGCUUGAAAUGACAUUUCACUCAAAGUCUCCAAAACGUUUUCAAGAUUACUAAGGCCUUUCAUGUAAUUCCUUUAAAUGUGUAUUUCAUAAGAAUUCAAAUUUGUAAUAAAACUAUUUGUAUAAAAAUUAA